UAAGCGCGGAGGCGCGGGAGGCUGUGGAGCUUGGAGGCCGCGGAUGCCCUCCGGCUCGGCGUCCUCCGUCGGCCUCAGCUUCCAGCCCGACCGGCCGGCCGGAGGGUAUGGAGCCCGAGGCGGGAGGAAAAGGCGCAGCUGGCGGGAGGGGAGGUGGGAGCCCUCGCUCUCUCUGAGCCGAAGCCGCUUACCUGGCCGAAGAGGGGAGCGGGUUCCCUUGGCCGGCCUUGCGUUGGGUGGCGUUACAUCCAGUCUUGGAGAUUAGGAAGUGGCUGCCUGAACUAUUUUCCAAAGGAUAAACUUUACAAAAGUAUUGAAUACGGCAGCUCACCGAGAAGAUCCUACUGGUUUGGGGGAAACACAACUUCCAGCAGCCACAUGGGAUGCUACUCAGGUGCCAUCUGAAACGAGCUCUUCCCCAGAAGGUCUCAUGCAGGUUCUGUGCAGUGAUGGGGAAACUGCAGAGCAAACUCAAACACAGCACUUAUAAAUACAGCAGGCCCGAUGGAUUUAGAGACGAGAGAAUUCAAACUAAAGCUUUUCAAGAGUAUAGCCCAGCUCACGUGGAUACCGUCUCUGUUGUUGCUGCUCUGAACUCAGACCUCUGUGUCUCCGGAGGAAAAGAUAAGACAGUUGUGGCCUAUAACUGGAGAACUGGAAAUGUGGUGAAAAGGUUGAAAGGACAUGAGCGUGAAAUCACGAAGAUAGCUUGUAUUCACAAAUCAGGCCAGUUCUUCAGUGCCUCUCGCGACAAGACGGUCAUGAUGUGGGACUUGCAAGGCUCCUCACAACCAAGGCAGCAGUUCUCCGGCCACACCAUGGUGGUCACUGGAUUGGCUGUGAGUCCAGACACAUCACAGCUGUGCACUGGCUCUCGUGACAACACCCUGCUUCUGUGGGACGUGGGGACUGGACAGUGUGCAGAGAGAGCGUCAGUCUCCAGGAACCUGGUCACUCACCUGUGCUGGGUCCCCAGAGAACCUUAUAUACUCCAGACCUCUGAAGAUAAAACCAUCAGAUUAUGGGACAGUCGGGGGCUGCAGGUAGCUCAUAUAUUUCCCGCAAAGCAGCACAUCCAGACCUACUGCGAGGUCAGUGAGGAUGGACACAAGUGUAUCUCCUGCAGCAGCGGCUUUGGAGGGGAAGGCUGUGAAGCCACGUUGUGGGACCUAAGGCAGACGCGGAACAGAAUCUGUGAGUACGAGGGGCACUUCCAGACUGUAGCAUCCUGUGUCUUUCUACCAAGAGCAUUAGCCUUGAUGCCUGUGAUUGCUACCUCAUCGCAUGACUGCAAGGUGAAGAUCUGGAACCAAGACAGUGGAGCAUAUACAAAGCCACCCAUGUCCUGCCACUGCCCAGUCCCAUAGUGGUGAAGAGAUGACACCAAGGGCUUCCCGGGUGGCGCAGUGGUUGAGAGUCUGCCUGCCGAUGCAGGGCACACGGGUUCGAGCCCUGGUCCGGGAAGAUCCCACAUGCUGCGGAGCAACUAAGCCCGUGCGCCACAACUACUAAGCCUGCGCGUCCGGAGCCGUGCUCCACAAAGAGAGGCCGCGACAGUGAGAGGCCCGCGCACCGCGAUGAAGAGUGGCCCCCGCUCGCCACAGCUGGAGAAGGCCCUCACACAGAAACGAAGAACCAACACAGCCAAAAAUAAAUAAAUAAAAAAAAAAAAAAAAAAAAGAAUCCGCCUGCCAAUGCAGGGGACACAGGUUCGAGCCCUGGUCCGGGAGGAUCCCACAUGCCAUGAAGCAACUAAGCCCGUGUGCCAUAACUACUGAGCCUGUGCUCUAGAGCCCACGAGCCACAACUAGGAGCCCACGCACUGCAACUACUGAAGCCCACGUGCCUAGAGCCCGUGCUCCACAACAAGAGAAGCCCCCGCAAUGAGAAGCCCGCGCACCACAGCAAAGAGUAGCCCCCACUCGCCGCAACUAGAGAAAGCCCAUGCACAGCAAUGAAGACCCAACGCAGCCAAAAACAAAUAAAAUAAAUUUAAAAAUAUAUAUAUAGAAAUAGCUCAUAAACAAUCACAACAAAUAAACUUUAAAAAAAGAGAUGACACCAGGAGGCCAGAAUCUCUGUCCAAUCUCUGCUAGGAGCUGUCACCAUGUAACCCGUGGUAUCAUGUUGUACAGAUUCGUUCCUGAGAGCUCAAAUGUAUUUUGAUUCUUUUAUUCUUUCUACCUGAAGUUCCUCAUCUGGUUUUAACUUGUGAUGCUCAAAAUGUCUGGAAAA